UGAACAUGGCUCGUACGAAACAGACUGCUCGCAAGUCAACUGGAGGAAAGGCUCCUCGGAAGCAAUUGGCUACGAAAGCUGCACGUAAAAGUGCACCAGCUACCGGAGGAGUUAAGAAGCCUCAUCGCUACAGACCAGGAACCGUCGCUCUGCGUGAGAUUCGUCGCUAUCAGAAGAGCACGGAGCUGCUCAUUCGCAAACUGCCCUUCCAGCGAUUGGUUCGCGAGAUCGCUCAGGACUUCAAGACGGACCUUCGCUUCCAGAGUUCAGCCGUGAUGGCACUUCAAGAAGCUAGCGAGGCUUAUCUCGUCGGCCUCUUCGAAGACACCAACUUGUGUGCCAUCCACGCCAAGCGUGUCACCAUCAUGCCAAAGGACAUCCAGUUGGCUCGCCGUAUUCGUGGAGAACGUGCCUAAAUACCGCAGGCAUAUAAAAUAAUAACGGUCCUUUUCAGGACCAACACUCUGUUAUUUCGAGGAAUAUGCACAUCCGUUUAUACUCUGAAAGACGUUUCUGAAUUUAAUGCAAAUAUGCUCACUUACAUACGUUUUAGUAUACUUUAGCCGUCAUAUAUCUUAUUUAAUAUUUUCUUUUUGCAGUAAAUAUUAUUUUUACUCUGUUAACAUUUCUUAGACCUCAUUCAUUCCAUAUGAAUCAAUAUUUUAGAGCCACUAACCUGCAAUCCAAAAUACACAAUUUGAAUAUUUUUCCUAC